CAAUCACAGACGAGGCAAACAGAAAGACUAGGGGACAGCUGGAGAAAGAGGAAAGUGCUAUGAAAAAGAGAGGGAGAAGGUGAAAUCACAGGACUACAGAGGAAAGCUAAUAAACACAGAGCAGGGAUGGAUACAGGAGAGAGUGCAGAUCAGUGAGAUCACCAGAGAGAACAGGAAGAGAGAGGAGAGGACUGAAAGGAAGGAUAUGGGCAGAGAGAGGGGUGUAAACAGCAAGCAGCAGCACAGAGAAAAUCAAUCAGCCAGACCAAUAGCAUCAGCCUGGGAAGCCAUGCUCUGAAAGGCUUGGAGAAGUGGGGCUACGCAGGCAGCACACGGCACGGCACAGGCCUAGCCAACAGCCCACUGGCCCACAGGCCCACAGGCCCACAGGCCCACAGCGGGGGGGAGAGGGAAAGAAGACACCCAGAACCACACUGUCAGCUGCUGUAGCCAUGAGGACAACACGGAAGGGGAGUGUGGAGAUGCCUGCAUUUGUCCGGCAGCUGGUGAAGGAGACAGAGAAGAGGGUCAGCUCCUUCUUCAAGGGAGGGGGGCGUGGAGGGGCAGAGCACAUGCAGGGGGAGGGGGAGGAGGUGAUCCCCAGCCCCUACCUGGACCGUCCCGUCCUGGACAAGCUGACUGAGGAGGGCUGCUCCCGCUGGGGCCUGACCUACGCCCUGGGCAGCAUGCAGGGCUGGAGGGCCAACAUGGAGGACUACCACAACUGUGUGCCUCAGCUGGGUGCAGGGCUGGCAGACUGGAGCUUCUUUGCUGUGUUUGAUGGGCAUGCGGGCAACCAAGUGGCACAGUACGCCUCACAACACCUGCUGGAUCAGGUCCUAGCUACAGGAGGGAUCGGGCCAGAGGACCACCCUGAUCGGGUGAGAGGGAGCUUCACAGAUGGCUUCCUACACACAGACAAACACCUGCUAACUGCAGCCCGCCGUGAGGGCUGGGAGCGGGGUGGCACCACCGUGACCUCCACUCUCAUCUCACCACGAUACUUCUACUUCGCCAACUGUGGAGACUCGCGUGCCAUGCUGUGCCGGGCAGGGCAAGUGUGCUUCUCCACUGAGGACCACAAGCCCUACAGCCCUCUGGAGAGGGAGCGCAUUGAGAGCGCCGGUGGCUCCGUGUCCCUGCAGCGCAUCAACGGCUCCUUGGCCGUGUCCCGAGCCCUGGGGGACUUCAGCUACAAGGGGGCAGAGAACCGGCCGCCCACCCAGCAGAUGGUGUCCCCGGAGCCAGAGGUGUGUGUGGUGGAGCGGUCUCCCGGGGAUGAGUUCCUGGUGCUGGCCUGUGACGGGGUGUGGGAUACGGUCUCCAACGAGGAGCUGUGUGCUUUCAUCCGCAGCCGUCUGCGCGUCUGCACUGACCUCAGGGACGUCUGCUCCCAGGUCAUUGACCUCUGCCUCUAUAAGGGGAGUCUGGACAACAUCAGCAUAAUCUUGGUCUGCUUCCCUGGCUCCCCCCAGCUCUCAGCAGAGGCCCUACACCAGGAGGCAGCGCUUGAAGAUCUGCUGGAGUCUAAAGUGGCAGAGAUUUAUGAGGAGCUGAGUUCCCAGGGGGAGGAUCCUGACCUGCUGUCUGUCCUCACUGUUCUGGCAAACACUGAUGUCCCAGGUUUACCACCUGGAGGCGGUCUGCAGAGCAAAAGGAACUGUAUCAUCUCUGCCUAUUAUGAAAAGAAAGAGGCACACAAACCUACUACACCUAAUGGGCUUGGUGUUUCUGAGAAGCUCGUCUAGGCUCUGUUGUCUGGGAAACGUCUCAGGAACACAACCAAUGACAAAAUAAAAACUGUUUUCAUUAUGUGGCAAUUCAAUCAAUCACAAAAGGGAACCUGACGAAGGAAUAUUGUCGCAUCCCUCCUGCCAAGCAACAUCCUGAUGUGACAAGUAAAAUGCAAUUUGUGGACUAUAGAUUUUAUAUUUCUACAAUAUAGGGAACAUUUUAUUUUAUAGGACCUGACACUUUUAAACUCAGAGAUUCUGGCUCAGCAAUAUGAUCCAGUAGUUGACAACCCAUCUGACAUAUAUUUAUCCCAUAUGGAUAACAAUGUCAAAUUCAAAUUGUUAUAUUCUUUAAAAAUGGAAUUCAAUGAGGUAAAAUUAGCACCAGUAUUCUUUGCACAACUUCUAUUAGGUAUGGAUUUCAGGUUGAUGUUUAGUGUUGAGUCAUCAAACCUCUCUCUCUCUCUGUCCUGUGUUUGGUCUGGUUGGCAUGACCUGUACUGUGUUUGGUCUGGUUGGCAUGACCUGUACUGUGUUUAGUCUGGUUGGCAUGACCUGUACUAUGCUGCCUUACCGACCUUGAUGACAGUGGACUUUUAACAUGUAGUGUCUAUACACACACUACACAGUAUGUAAGUAAAGUACAU